AUGUUGAUGAUUGUUGUAAUCAAUACAGACCAAAAGCUACAAUCACCCAUGUAUUUCUUCCUAAGCCAUUUAUCCUUUGUGGAUAUCUCAUACAUCUCCGUCACUAUUCCGAAACUGAUGGAUAUCUUUAUUACUGGAAAUAUGAGGAUUUCAUUCAUUGGUUGCUUUGUCCAGUUGUACUUUUUUACAGCUAUGCUUAGCACAGAAAUUGCACUGUUGACAGCAAUGGCCUAUGAUCGUUUUGUUGCUAUAUGUAAACCAUUACAUUACAUGCUUCUUAUGAAGAAGGUUAACUGUGUCCUACUUGUGGUAGGUAGCUGGAUAUUUGGCUAUGGCAAUUCCCUUUUUGUUACAAUAUUUGCAUCUUAUUUAUCUUUCUGUGGCUCUAAACGUAUUAACCAGGUUUUUUGUGAUAUUAAAGUCAUGACUAAGAUAUCUUGUGGGGACAGGAAGGGAUUUGAAACAAUGAUAUAUACAGAGGUUUUGCUUGUGGGACUUUGCCCCUUUCUGCUUAUCCUAAUGUCCUAUUCCCAAAUAGUGGCAAAUAUUCUAAAAAUGCAUUCCAAAGGCAAAAGACAAAAAGUUUUCUCCACCUGCACAGCCCACCUUAGUGUAAUUUCCAUGUUCUAUGGAGCCCUUCUCUGCAUGUACAUGAGACCACCAUCUGAAAACUCAGAAGACCUUGACCAAAUAUUUGCAUUGCUUUAUCUAGUUGUGACGCCCACAAUAAACCCCCUAAUAUAUAGUCUAAGGAAUAAAGAUAUCAAAGUUGCAAUGAAGAAGAUGAUGGUAAGGAAUCAUGUAACCUAA